CAGAAAGCUGAGCUGUCAGUGGCGCACGGGGCCUGUCAAUCAAGCAGUGGGCGGGGUUUUCUGCCAUACGAGCGCAAGUUCCACUAACCCCACUUUGAACACACGCACACACACACUCACUGACAUGUACACACACUCACACACUCAUAUACACACUCACACCGCUCAGCCUGCGACAUUAGUGACAGGAGCGAGACGGAGACCGGAGCGCUCAACUAGACCACAACUCCGACCAAAACAACGACAACACUUCUCUCAUGUGAAAGGCAAACGCUUCUGUCUGCUCGCUUUUUCCUCUUCGGUUCUGCUCUUUCCUCACUUUUAAACCCUCUCAGAUGUAGGUUAGUGAAUCUCUGACGAGAAAAGUCUAAAGAAACUACUUUCUUUCUAUUUUUCCUCGCUGCCUUUCAGUUUUCAGCCCGAGUGAGGUUAAGUUAGUUAGUUCUGUGUGGUUGUUUUCAGCUCACUUUUUCUCUCCGCCGGCCGUUCCUUAUGUGCUCGGCGCCAUGGCUGAAGCGGCCCCGCGACACACGGUAGAAAUCGACCCGGACUUCGCGCCGCUCCCGCGGCCGCGCUCAUGCACGUGGCCGCUGCCCCGGCCGGAGCUCACGAACCCCGCGGAUUCGGGCACGUGUUCGCCGGCGUCUUCUGGCCAGCGAGAGGCGGCGGCUUCGGCGGGCCAUACGGACUUGGUCGGUGGCCUCGGCUUGCUGGAAGAGAGCGAGGACUAUGAGGAGCAGAAGGGGCUCGACUUCGACUGUGUCCACCAGCAGCAGCAGCAACAGCAGCAGCAGGUCUCUAGUCCACAGCUGGCUCAGCAGCAGCAACAGCAGCAACAGCAUGUACCUCUGCUGUCGUCCGUGUCGGCGCAGAGGAAGAGCAGCUCCUCCCGGCGCAACGCAUGGGGCAACAUGUCGUAUGCGGACCUCAUCACCAAGGCCAUCGAAAGCUCCCCGGAGAAGCGCCUCACUCUGUCCCAGAUCUACGACUGGAUGGUGAAGAGCGUGCCUUACUUCAAGGAUAAGGGAGACAGCAACAGCUCCGCCGGCUGGAAGAACUCGAUCCGGCACAACCUGUCUCUGCACAGCCGCUUUGUACGGGUGCAGAACGAGGGGACGGGGAAGAGCUCGUGGUGGAUGCUCAACCCCGAGGGCGGUAAAAGUGGUAAGUCGCCCCGCCGCCGCGCCGCCUCCAUGGACAACACCGGCAAGUUCGCCAAGAGCAGAGGGCGUGCAGCCAAGAAAAAGCUUGCUCUUCAAGGUGGUCCUGAUGGGGGUGCAGACAGCCCGGGUUCUCAAUACAGCAAGUGGCCCGGCAGCCCCAACUCCCACAGCAACGACGACUUUGACGCCUGGACGGCCUUCCGCCCUCGCACCAGCUCCAAUGCCAGCACAGUCAGUGGCCGCCUCUCGCCCUUCAUGUCAGAGCAGGAUGACCUGGGUGACUCAGACAUGCAUAUGGUCUACUCUGGCCCUGGCUCUGGUGCCAAAAUGACCUCCACCCUUCCAAGCCUGUCAGAGAUGGCCAGUUCCUUGGGUCACAGCAGCUCGGAAAACGUAAUGGAGAAUCUCCUGGACAACCUUAAUCUGCUCUCGCCCAAGAACCCAGCUGUGGGCUCUGCAGGAGGACCUGGGACAGGCUCUAACCAGUCUUCACCUUCAUCUCUCCUUCAGAGCAGCCCUGGAUAUCCCUCUUACAGCUCACCUGGCCUGGCUGCCGUCAACCAGCAACCACAGCAAGACUACCGCAAGUGCCUGUACGGUCAGGCAAGCAUGGGUAGCCUGUCCUCCAUGUCCAUGCAGCCUCUGCCAGAGAAUAAGGCCAGUUUCGGAGGGGGUCCUGGAACCAUGGCCCAGUUUAACUGCACCGCAGGACUGCUGAAGGAGCUUCUGACUUCAGAUUCGGAGCCACAUGGUGCAGACCUGAUGCCCUCUGUAGAUACAGUGGUGACCCAGUCUGCCAACUCUGCAGGGCGCAUGCUGCCCCCUUACACCAGCAGCCGGGGCGAACUCAUGGGGGGCGGAGCCUCUCACAGCCAUACUCUGUCUCACCCUCACACCAUUCACAGCCAGGCUCCGCCCACCACAGCGGCCAUGAAUGGCCGCACACUGCACCCCCUGACCAGCAUGAGCCAUGGGGGUGUAAGCGGACGCCUUGGGUCAAUCAAAUCAGCCAUGCAGAUGCAGUAUGGAACGUCCAGUCAUGUGGGAGGGGGAGGAGGACUUUCCUUCUGCAGCCUCAAUGGCAAUGGGUACAGCCGUGGCCCUGGCCUGGCCCCCGAGCAGCAGCACCACCAGCACCUGGAAAAAUUGCCCAGUGAUCUGGACGGCAUGCCUGUGGAACGCUUUGAGUGUGACAUGGAGUCCAUCCUGCAUGACACUCUGAUGGAUGGAGACUCACUGGACUUCAACUUUGACCCAAUGACGAGCCAGCAGGGGUUCCCACCACACGGUGUCAAGACCACCACUCACAGCUGGGUGUCGGGGUAAAACAUUUCUGCCUCUCAGACUGGAGAGUAACAGUCCAAAGAGGCCAUCCUUGCCCAUUCAAGCAAUGCUCUCUUCUACCGCUUCUCAUCAAGGACAUUCCCCUGCUCUCCCUCUGCUCAGCCGUGGCUGUGAUACGACCGCACACUGCCAAGGACAUUAGAUCUGUGAGGAGCAGAAGGAUGCUCUGCUCUGUCGCUAUGACGCACCUUCAAACCAAGUGCCAAACCAGGUGCCUGUACUACUUAGCCAAAUCACAUGUGCUUUAUUUUGCUGCCUUUUUCUCGCUUUGAGAACCAGUGGUCAAAUCAGGGCAAAAACAGCAUGGUCCACAACCAUGGCCCACAUAUCAGCCACAAGAUACAUACACAUACAUACAUGCACAUUUAGACAUAUGCAAAUAUGCAUCACAGUUACCAUCUCGAUUAUCAGUACAAUCAGAUUAUCUCUAUUAAAUUCAAACUGUGAUCAGGUGAUUUUUUCCCAGCAUUAUAAUCAGACCCUCGCCCUUUAUCCUUCACAGCCCUUUAAAUUGACCAUUGCAUGUCAACAUGUCAUCUUUUCUUUAGUCUUUAGUGCUGUUAGAGCUCAAACUGCUGCCCUUGGCUUUCUGCUGGGCAUCCUAAUGUCUGUAUUCAGUGCUUAAUGCCCUGGAUAUUCCACAGCUGGCCUUAAUGGGAAAGAGAACUGGAUCCUAAAGAUGAGCGUGUGUAUAUAGUCAUAUCCGGACAAAGUCCUCCACGGCAGGACCUGGAAGAAGUUAGGGAAACCUCUUGGCCUCCUAGGACUAUGUUACAUUAUAACACUUUCUGUUCUCUCCUCUGUUUUAGAUUCAGAGCAGAUGUACUACACUUUUUAAAAAGAGUGUAUUGCGAUUAUGUUGUGUCCAGAUCGUUUACACAAAGAAUUCAGCAAUCAGGGCAGCAGAUUUAACAUGUUUUAUGAAUCUGAGAGAAACUGGAUCUGACACUUGACAUUUCUGUUGGCUCAUUCGCACUCGUGAGGGUGCUUCUCAUUCAGACUGCGUACACGGUUCCACAUUUCUUUGUAAAUACAUGGUAAAUACAUAUGGCAGAAGCAUAAAGUUGAUAUAUUUGAGAUUUUUGUUUUGAAAUUUUGUUAUUGUUAUUAUUGUGUAUGGUUGGCUUUAGCUGAGGAUAGAUUAAGCUGUGUAUAAUGCAUGCACGUUUCAGCAGUGUUUUGGGGUCCUCAAAGGACAAGUCCACCAAUUUUUUCAAAGUUUCUUUGUGUUCUUACAUUGUAAGCUCUCCUAAAAACUGAAAUGUGAGUGUAUAGCCUGUCAUAUCUUCAAGAUGCUACAUUUACAAGUCUCAAGGAACACAGUGUAAAAUAUUUAAAACGGUUGUAUGAUAAAAUUCAGUAUCAUAUUAAACAUACAGCAAGGUUUCAUUAAAAAAAAAAUAGAAUAAACAGACCUGAGAACUGUCUAGGUGUGGUUAAUAUUGUGAUGAGGACAUGCAACUGACAGUCCUCAGUCCAACGACCUGCUACAGUGCUGAAGCAGAAAUGAGAAAUGAGUCAAUUGGGCUGUAAAUAUGAAGGUUAUGUUGUAAAGUUAUGUUGUAGACUCUGCUGUGUCCAAAGCUCACCAAAAAACAUUAUCCAGGUUUUAUAUGGCAAAGUCUUAAAGAAGGUAAAGUUCUUACUCACUUUACUGCAUGAUGUACAUCUAGGGAAUUCAGGCGUGGUCAGCUGAACGAAUGGGUGGACAUUCAGGUGACAGGCAGACAGAUAGGCUAACUUACUAGCGCAGUUAUGCUUGCCAAGUUAGCUUUCGCUUGGUCAUUAUCUUUCACUCAGUAUGUUUCUCCAGCUGAAACACAAACAGACUGCAGGGGUGAUCAUACAGCCCACAUGAACCAUGUGAGGAUACUGCUUAUAUAUGCAUGACCCAGGAUUAGGGCUGCUCAGUUUACAUUGAAAGAGGAGAAUGCAUCUGCCAUUUAGUGGACAUUGAGAAGUUAUUCGUGCGACAUGCUUGGUACAUGUAUGUUGAGUGCCCACAAAAGCAAGAGUAACCUACUUACAAAGAAAACAAAGAUUUAUAUUCCUUUAACCGUAGACCAGAAUCUUGACUUCAUAGUCUUCUAUUUGACUUUUCAAAACUCACAUAGGGUAGGUCAGAAAGAACAAAGAAAUUUUGAAGAACUUGCUGGACAUGUCCUUUAACAUUUCUCAUGGGGGUCCCAAACACAAGAGUCUUGUGAUUGUGGCUAAUUAUGUAGUUGAAAACUACAGUGCAGGCAGGCUCUUGCCAGUGUGACAGCAUAGAAUGGGCCUCCCUCUGUGUUAUCAGAAAAGCUACAAUCCUCUGCCUUUAAGAAAGCGUAGGGAGAUUUAUUUACUUUUGUUUAUUUAUUAGAGUGAAGGAGAAGAGAUGUGAUUGAAUCACGUCACAGAUUAUCACAAAUGUGUUGUAUUUUUUUUCUCUUUCUCUCAAAAUGCAGGCACUGUGAUGUACAUGUCAAUAUGUUUGUGAUGUUCUGAGUUUGUGCUGCCUUUAAAUUUAUUGAUAUAAAAAAAUGCCUUAUUCAAGACAUGACAAAGUAGCCCCACUGCCAUGUUUCUUUCACGCUCUCUUUUUUCUGGUCACUGUUGUUUGAGCAUAUGUCCUCAGAGGCGGUGAUUCAAUAAUAAGCUUCAAUAUUGCUGACACCUCUUACCUCGUACCACCAUUAUGAAACCCAUGAGCUUUCAUUUUGUUUUAUUCACUCUGACACCCCUAACAUUUGUAUGUAUUGGCACUGCCAGAGGGCAAUUCAUAACAUUCUUUCUGAAUCAUUGGAUCAAGCUUCAAAAGAACAAGUCGGGUGAAGAGGGAAAGCUGCUUGGAAAUUGAAGAAUAGCUUUUAAAGCAGAGAGUUACAGUUAUUUAGAAUAGUUAUGCUUUGCAAUUCUGCUGGUGAAAUGUCAGUAAAUUUGAUCUAAAGGACACAAAUCUAAAGGGCUCAAAUGCAUAUAGAGGACAAGGUUAUGAAUGGCAGGUGUAUCAGGCAUAUAGUCAGAAAGUUUUGAAUUAGUGGAAGAAUUAAUGAAUGUGAAAAUACAUUGAGUGCACAUUUCAGCAGGACAUAAACUGGAUGCAUUGAACCUUGAGGAUUUACAGAAAGCACUCUGAAAAGGCUUCUUAAACCUUCUGGCACAAUUCACCUCCUCUUACUCAUCUGGGUGUGGGAUUUGGUAUGGAUAGUUAGUGAAAAUGAAUAGGGAUGCACUGAUUAGGAAUUUUUAUGGCUGAUUCUCAUUCCUUUAUUGGCCAAUGGAUGAUUUUUUGUGCCAAUUUUCAUUAGUCUUUUUGUUUUUUUAUUAUUACCCAGAGCUCACGCUAAGUGGGGUAAAUAAACAUAUCACAUACAUUAGCACAUCCUCCAGUACUUUCAGUUAGCCAAAGCCGGAAUCUAAAUAAUAUUAUUUGCUUUUUAAUGGCAGAAACUGGCAUUUUAAAUUCUUAAAGACUUUUUAAACUUAGUCAUAGAUCAUUGCUUUAAAAAAAUCCAAAUCCAAAAUAGCAACUUUACAGGGUAAGACAAAAUGUUCUGAACUUGAAUUUAAUAAUAACAUUAACUUAAAUUUAAAUUAAUGUUAAGAUAUUUAUAUUUAAGUGAUUUUGGAGCAUUUCUAUUGGUCCGAUCAUCAUGAAAUUUUCACACAAUGUAAAAUGCUGAUGAUUAAAAAAAAAAUGAAAAAAGAUACAUGACUAAUUCAAAAUAAUAAAUUCUUGGUUGAUCUUUGCAGAUUCCUAUCAUGCAUCCCUAGAAGUUAAGAAUAAAAUCCAUGACAGUUCAUAUUAGAUAGGGCCAAUGUGGGCACAGGAUGAAAAAAUAUUAUGAAUUUCCACUUCACAUUUUACUGAUUAAUAUAUUUUUGUUAGCCAUUCUGAGCCCUCUGGCUUUGUUCCCUGUCUACUCUUCCCAUAAUUCAGCCCUAGAUAAAAAUGUAAGCAUAAAACAAAAUGAAAGUGUGGAAGUUGCUGGUGGUUGUACGAGGACAUCGCUAUAUUUACUUUUCAGCACUUUUUUCACCUCUGAGUAUCAGAAAGUUAAAACAGCCCAAAGCUAUCGAAGCCUCGAGCAUAUUGUGAAGCAGGCUGAACGAACAACGUUUUUGAAAUAAUUAAGCAGUACAUAAUUGUAAGACUUGAAUCUGUUCUGCAGGCUGAACUAUGACUUUAUGAAUACUGACUUAUAUAACAAGCGUACACUUUGGAGCAAUUUGGACAUGUGAAAGCAUGUGCAGUUUGAAGUGCUAUGCAGUGGCUGCUCUUUAAAUGUCAAACAGUUGAAGUUGUCACAGAAAUGCUUUCUCUUCAAAUAAUGGCAUUUUUUUUCUUUACCUGAGGUUAGUGUGGGACACACAGGCAGCAGAAAGCUGCCGAAAAGUCUAUUCUAGAACAUGAUUGAUUAACCUAUGAAUUAUACUUCUUGUGCAGGCCACUUGUUUUAAAGCAGAGACAGACAGACUAUAUAUCAUGGAGACAGAACUCUUCUACUAAUAUUAAUCUGUAUACAUAUUUCACAUAUGGACAAAACCUGACCUGUAUUGUAUUUGCUUUGUUAAUUCAGCGAUUGCUCACACCUAUGCAUUCUUGUACUUCAUUUAUUAUUUUUGUUACCUUUGGUUUGUUUUUACUGAUGACAAUAUAUUUCAUGUACUAUGGAGCUGUGGAGAAGUUAUGAUGUUAUGAAAAAAGAAUAUGAAGUAUUUAGACCAUAGAUGACCUUUUACAUGUAAAGCUUUUUUUGUAAACUGACUCUGUUAUUCUUGUAUUUAGCAGCAGUUUUUAAAUUAAAUAUAAACGUAGAUAAAAAAUAUAAAAACAAAAGCAAAAAUAUGUAAUCUAAAUCAAAUUUGAAAAAAAAGAUCUGUUUAUUUAGAUUGAGGGGUUUGGACCAAUUUUUAUAGAAAAGAAUCUAUAAAUUAAGACAUUGCACUUUCAUAGAGGGACAAAGCAGUGAAGAUGUGACCUAUUUUUAAGCAAACUGUUACAUUUCUUAACUUAUGUACAGAAAUGAUUUGAUUCACAAUCAAAAAUUAUAUAUAUAUCUAUAUAUAUAUAUAUAUAUAUAUAUAUAUAUAUAUAUAUAUAUAUAUAUAAUGUAUGUGUAUCUCAACGUGCAAUCAGCUUAUGUAGAAAAAAAUAAUAAAUCUUUAUAAGAGAGAAAAGGAUGUUGUUUGGAGAUCAUUGUUAUGCUGACAUGUCCUACCUGAUCCAGUACAUCUUUCUGUUUUACAUUCAGCUUAUUGGCAGUAAGCAACAGUCAUAGCCAGUUUGUAUAAUGUGAGGCCAUAGCUCUUUGAUUUAGUUCUUGAUGCAGUCGCCUGAUGUGCUUGUAUUCCCCAUACAACAACCAGAUUGUUGCUGCUGUAUGAAGCCAUAUGUGUACAUAAAUGAUCUUACAUAAAGAAGAAUCCAGUGUG